GCAGAACGUUGGAUAAUUGAUUGGAACCAGAAAGAGAGAUGGAAUCGGGGAUUCAGAAAAUGGAAGCCUUGCUUAGACUUACUGCGUUAUCGAUGUUGGUUUUGACUGCUUUCUUAGUUGGCUUCGACUCUCAAAGAAAUGUCGUCUUCUACAUUGAAAAGAAAGCUUCCUUCCAGGAUUUACGUGCUCUCGUUGGAUUGGUGUAUAUCGAUUCAUUGGCUGCUGCUUAUAACCUACUUCAACUAAGUUGUUCUUCGUUCUCAGCCUGGUGCAAAGGAAGAUCAUUGCAAUCUUGCACGUAUGUAGCUUGGCUUCGUUUUGUUUUGGACCAGGCAGCAGUGUACGUGGUGUUUGCAGGGCACUUAGCGGCAACGGAGCAUUCGCUUCUGGUGGUGACGGGAGAAGAGAACUUCCAAUGGGUAAAGUGGUGCAAUAAAUACACUCAAUUCUGCUUCCAAAUCGGAGGGUCGCUGCUCUGCGGCUUCGUAUCAAGUGUCGCAAUGAUUUUCAUCGCUUCCAUCUCCGCUUUCAACUUGUUCAGGCUCUAUUUCCCCACCAACUUCAUGCACUUGAAGCCCAAAUCAUAGGUUACUUGUCAACC